AAGGGAAAAAACAAAUUUGCGCCGCGUUGAAGCUCAUAGUUUUUUCAUUUCGUCUUUCAAAAUCCAGAGAAAGAGAAAGAGAACAAAAAUGAGAUUCUGAAAAGACGGUAUCUUCUUCUCUCUUUGAUUUUGUUCUUACAAGGAAAUCUCAAGGAUUCGCUGCUCGAAAAGUUGUUGUUUUCUCUCGAGCUAAGUUAGGAAAAUAUGGAAAUGGAAGUUGUUUUGGGAAUCGGAGAGGAAGCAAAACCUAAAGCUUGUACAUCAGAAAUUGGAUCAGCUAAACAACAACACGACUCAGGUGAGAAAACCCUAGAAGAGAACGGUGUUAGGGUUCCUGAAAACGGAGAGCAAGAGGUUUUGGGAGAUUAUGUUUAUGAUGAUGACAACAAAUCCAAGGAAAACGUUGUUGUUGAGACGGGUUCUGGAGCUGUUGAAGAUUGUGUAAUGAAUGGAGUUUCGUCUCUGCUGAAACUGAAGCAAGAUGUCAGUGACGAGGAUAAGGAGAUUGGUGGAGACGAAGCUGAAGAUGGUGAAGAAGAUGAAGAAGAAGAAGAAGAAGAAGAAGAAGAAGAAGAGGAGCAUGGAUACAAUGUUGGAGAUUUUGUUUGGGGCAAAAUCAAGAAUCAUCCAUGGUGGCCAGGUCAGAUUUACGAUUCAUCAGAAGCUUCAGAUUUGGCUUUGAAGAUAAAGCAAAAGGGAAAGCUGCUUGUUGCGUAUUUUGGAGACAGGACAUUUGCUUGGUGUGGUCCAUCGCAGUUGAAACCGUUUGCAGAGAGUUUUAAAGAGUGUUCAAAGAUGAGCAGUUCGAAGGUGUUCCUAAGUGCAGUGGAAGAAGCUGUAGGAGAAAUGGGAAGACACAUUGACCGUUUACUGAAAUGUGAUUGUGAAGAGGAAAAGCGCAAGUUCGAGAACCCUGAAGUUAAGAACGCUGGGAUAAAAGAAGGCGUCCUUGUUCAUGACGUGAGAAGAGAGAUGAUUUCGUCUUUGCUGGUUGGGAAACCUGAAGGGAUUCUUGAAGAUGUUAGAGGAUUUGCAGAGACUGUUAGUUUUAAUGGGUUGCUUGAGCUCGAGAUUCUGAAAAGGAAGGUAUCUGCGUUCUAUCGGUCUAAAAGAGGAUAUGGCUUGACCGAGUACACUGAGCCACAAUCUGUCCCAGGGCUUGAAGACAAGAACAAUGAUGAUGAUGAUGAUGAUGAUGAUGAAGACGAGGUCAUUGAUGAUGAGAUUAAAGGUUCGAGCAAAGAAGAAGAAGAAGAAGAAGCGUUGGAACCUGGAGAGUCUCUUCAGAGAUCGUUAGAGAAGUGUUCUGGGUUUCCUGAUCAUAGGCUGCAACACAGAAGGAAGCAAAAGAGCAUUGCUGAAAUAUUGGAGAAUGAGUCGGCUGCUAAGGUGAGAUUUGAGACUGAACCAGAGGAUGGAGAUGUAAAGUCGAGUGGGAAAAAGGUAAAACGCCGUGAUGAAGCUAAGAAUGAGCUUGCAACUGUAACCACCACCACACCGAGGAGGAGAAGAACGAGUGAAGUUUCUACAAUCGAAGACAGUGGUCACAAGCAAGUGGGAGAAAAUAGCAAAGGCAAAUCUGUUUCAAGGAAGAGGAAGAAAAGGGAUGUGGAUGAUGAUGAUGAUGAUGGGGGUGGAGACAGAGAAGAAACUGAGAAAAAGGAGAAUUCGGAUGAUGCAACAGAGAAUGAUUCAACUCCGUUAGCUUCACUGCGAAAAAGGGUCAGGGUUGAUGCUUCAAGUGCUGGAAAUGGCGAGACCUCCACACAAACGACAAAGAGAGAGAGGAAGAAGAGCAAGUAUCUUUCGCCAGAGUACUUAUCAGAUUUUUCAUCGAAAAGGAGGAAAAGGAGCAAAAUCGAAUCUGAAUCUUCCAAAGUUUCAAGUCAGAGCCAAGUAAGUCAGAGCCAAGUAGGAGAGACCAAUGCUAGUGAAAGCCUCGUGCCAGUGGAAGAGGAUAAUAAACCUUGCGAAUCAUUAUUAUUGGAGAAUGGUGUAGCUCAUCAAGAACUGUCAGAGGAACUUUGUAACGCCGUCGAUUUUCUGAGAUUGGGAGCUACGCCUGAGGAAAUUCGGGAUCUAAUUCGUGUAGCUGCUCUUGGUACACAAUAUCCGAAAGACAGUAGCUCAAGAGACAUGGUAAGAGAGUUCAUGUCCAUCUACAGAAGCUUCACAUAUCAUGAGGGUGCCAAUAGCAAGCUAUUAGGGAGUUAUAAUAGUCCAGAUACAGACAAGGAAGAGCUGAAUGGGACUGGCAAAGCUGAGAGUAAAGGAAAAGAGAUAAAAGAUAGGAAGCGUAAAGCGAAGCUGCAAACAGAGGAGAUUGAGCAAGUUGGAAAAGAAGAAGAGAAUGAGACAGACAAGCCUGAGACGACGAAGAAAGAGAGAAAACCGAAGACACCGAAAUCAAAGAAGCAAGCGGAUGAAGAAGAAGAAGUAGCCCGCCAAGAGUCGAGUGAGACAACAAAGAAAGAGAGAAAGCGUAAGAAGCCUGAAUCAGUGAAGCAAGCGGAUGAAAAAGAAGAAACCUUGAAAGAGUCAAAUGAACCAACGAAGAAAGAGAGAAAACGUAAGAAGCAAGCGGAUGAGGAAGAAGAAACCUUGAAAGAGUCAAAGAAGAAAGAGAGAAAAGCUAAGAAGCCUAAAUAUGAGGAAGAGGAAACGCCGAAUGAGACUGAGAAACCCGAGAAGAAGAAGAAGAAAAGAGAGGGAAAGUCGAAAGUGGAUAAGGAAAAGAAAGAAACUGAGGAGGAGUUUUCAGGAGCUGAGCUUCUUGUUACAUUUGGUCCUGGUUCGAGCUUGCCUAAGAAAGAAGAGCUGAUUGAAAUCUACGAAAAGUUUGGAGCUUUGGAUGAAGAGAGAACUAAUAUGCUCGACAACAACUUCUGUGCCCGUGUCGCCUUCGUGAACAUAGCUGAUGGUGAAACAGCCUUCGAGUCCUCACAAGAGAAAUGUCCAUUUGCUUCUACUUCCACAGUUAAAUUCAGACUCAAGUAUCCCAACGAGAGAGCAGAAGAGAAGAAAGCUGAAGCUGAAGUUGCAGAGGCAGCAACGGAGAUGGAGAAUUUGAAGAAGAAGCUGGAGGAGAUGAUAACAUUAGUGGAUGAAUCGAAAGCAGGAAUGACUACAGAAGUGAAAGUGAAACUUGAAGAAGAGAUGGUUAUUUGGCUCGAGAAAGUAAGGAAGAUGUGAUCGUCUUAGGAUUAUGUCUUAUAUGUUUUGUUGGUUGAGAAUCUUCAGGACACUUUUUUACAGGUUUUAGGAUAUUUAAGGUUUCUGCAAAACCAAAAAAAAAACAAAACUAUUUUCAGAAGUUGAUGAUACCAUGAUCUUGUCAUAAUCAUAGGUUAGAAGUAGAUUGAUGGUUUUGUCUUGUCGUAGACUUUUAAAGUUAAUCAAAUUUGAGACUAAAACCCUUUCAAUG